AUGACGCGGGAGCUGCACCCUAUGAGCGAGCACAGUUGGUCCAGAAAUACUACAACCAAAGUUUUGUCAAGCCAACGUGGAGUGAUCCGGCACUGGCAACAAUAUUCGGCAAGCGUCCUGUUCGUCUCAAGGUUCAGGGACGGAGGCUCGUCUCAUACUGGCGCUAUUGCUGGCGGCGUCGUGGGAGGCGUCGUAGGCUUGGGUCUUAUUGCUAGGUUCGCGUACUUCCUCGGAACGCGUCGUAGUCGCAAAACCGCCGCCCCCGGAGUCUCCCCCCCUCCGCCUUCAGAGCUAAAGUCUUCUCACAUACCCAACAGCCCUUCAACAAUGCAGAAGCCAUCGCCGGAGAUGGGCCAAACGCAGGUGUUUGAACCAAGUGAGUUGGAGGGCGAACCUCGUCAGGUGGCCGAAUUACCGGGGUAUUACGGGAGCUUUGCACCAGGACAAAGAUAA